CUUUCCCACAUUAAACUAUUGGCGCGGUUUUCUGGUAAACAAGAAUGGAGAAAAUCUGCUCCGCUUUGGAGCCCAUUUUUCCCUGCCGUGAGUCUGCCAUUAAUACACUAGCAGAGCUAAUUGGAGACAGUCGAGAAGCUUAUCCGGCAGCCAUACAUCUCUUUGGACACAGUGGCACCGGCAAGACCGCCCUGACCAAAGCGUUUUUCAAACAAUGCCAACGCCAGCAGCAUGUGAGGAUUGCCCAGUUAAAUGCCAUUGAAUGCUAUACCACAAAAAUUCUAUUGGAAUAUGUGCUAGAUGCUUUGGCUCCUUCACAAGAUGAAGGUGAUGCCGUUCGUGCUGAUAAUAUGCUGGAAUUUGUGGAGAAAUUACGUCAAUGGCAUGACCAGAAUGAUGGUGAUGGCGAUUCUCAGGCUUUUCUCAUAGCUGUGGAUAAUGCCGAACGAUUGCGUGACAUGGAUGCCAAUGUCUUGCCGGUCCUGUUGCGUCUCCAGCAAUUGACAAGCCUCAAUCUUUGUGUGGUACUCUUGUCCCAGUUGCCAUUCGAGAAAUUCUACAACAAGACAGGAUUGAGUGAGGUCAUCAGUUUGCAUUUACCUCAAUACAAUAAGGCGGAAACCCAACGUAUUCUCAGUACAGAUUUUGCCCACACCCGAAAUCAUUAUUUAGACAAGUUUUCGGGUCAUCAUGAGCGCUUGGAAAUCUGUAAGGAGGCUCUAACAGAGGACUUCUACGGCAACUAUUUAAAUUUAUUUCUUAGUGUCUUCUACAAAGCAUGCCGGGAUGUGCCCGAACUACGUUUAACGGCGCGAAAAUGCUUUGACAUCUAUAUGGAGCCGGUGCUUGAUGGCAGUGUUGAGGCCACAGACAUUUCACGUCUAUGGCGGCAUAUAGCAGGUCCAUUAAGAUCGGCUCUCACACAAAUCUAUAUGCGCAUUGAUAAACACAGUUUUGAGGCUGGUGAUGGAGGAGGAGGAUCCUCUGCUCUAGAGGAUCAGAGUGUACGCAAAUUGGCUCAAUCCCUGGAGUUGCCCUAUUAUGGCAAAUAUUUAUUAAUUGCCGCCUUUUUGGCUAGUUACAAUUCAGCUAAACAGGAUAAACGUCUCUUUGUAAAGCAUCAUGGGAAGCAAAGAAAACGUAUGCAAACGGUCAAUGCCAAGGCAAAGACCUCUGAUAAAAUGUCCACCGCUUUGGGCCCCAAAUCUUUUAGCAUUGAUCGGUUGUUGGCCAUUUUUUAUGCCAUACUCGAAGAGAAAGUGGGCCUAACUUGUAAUCUACUGUCACAGAUCUCAACUUUGGUGCACUUGAAGCUGUUGAGCUUUGUCUCGGGUGAACAGAAUAUAAUGGAUGGUUCUGCGCGUCUACAAUGCACAGUUGGCUUGGAAUUUGUCCUAUAUAUUGGCAAAGUUGUUGGUUUCAAUGUGCGUCAAUAUUUAUGUGACUUUAUGUAGAGACAUUUCUUCAAUUCUUUUGUUUUCAUUUUUUAUUAAUUUUUAAAUAUAUUUAAU